CAGCCGUGAAGUUUAUUUGGCCCGAGUUUGCAAGAGGACUCGUCGAGUCAGUGUGCUUUGUAAGACAGACUGAUCGUGGUGGGUGCAUGGUGAACAUUGACUUCCGGCAUGCCGUUAGGAAAGCCCCUGGCUCUUGUCAUCGGAGCAUAAUUACGUUUAUACGCAUGCAGAAACCGCGGGGAUGGGCUCGGAUGGCAGAAGUUAAAUAGUUCAGAAGGUUCUCUCUCUCCUCUCUCUCCCCAACGGUGACCCUCUCCCUCUCUCACAACUCCAAACUCACGAUCAUUGUAACCAACUGGUAUCCCAUCACCCCCUGACUCGUAAAACACCCAACUCUAUCCCACCACCCAGCCGCCAUGUCCCGCUACGCAGAGGCCCACAAGCCCGAGAACAUCACAGGCCCAGGCGACGGCCGCCCGACCGCCCUCCAGGUCCUCAAGGACGAAGGGGCCGAGGGCAAGCUCGCGGGCAAGGUGAUCGUGAUAACGGGGACGUCGUCGGGGAUCGGCAUCGAGACGGCGCGCGUGCUGAAGCUCACCGGCGCGCGGCUGUUCCUGACGGCGCGGAACCUGGACAAGGCGAAGACGGCGCUGGGCGACGUCCUCGAGCCGGGCCGCGCCGAGCUCGUCGAGAUGGACAACACGUCGCUGGCGAGCGUGCGCGCCGCGGCCGCGGACGUGCUGAGCCGGUCCGGCGGGCAGGUCAACAUACUCAUCAACAACGCGGGCAUCAUGGCGGUGCCGACGCUGCAGCACACCAAGGACGGGUUCGAGAUGCAGUUCGGCGUCAACCACCUCUCGCACUUCCUCUUCUUCAACCUGCUGCGCCCCGCGCUCCUCGCCAGCGCGACCCCGGCGUUCUCAUCGCGCGUGGUGAACCUCUCGUCGUCGGGGCACAACGUCUCGCCGGCCAUGACGGAGACGGGCGACUACAACUUCGAGAAGGCGGGGGCCUCGGGCUACAACCAGUGGGUGGCGUACGGGCAGUCCAAGACGGCCAACAUCCACAUGGCCAACGAGAUCGAGCGGCGGUACGGGUCGCGGGGGCUCCACGCCAACAGCCUCCACCCGGGCGUCAUCUUCACCAACCUCAUGCAGUUCAUGGACCCCGCCCAGCUGGUGGAGAUGGGCAAGAGCGACGAGGCGAGGCGCAUGAUGAAGUCGGUCGAGCAGGGGGCCGCCACGACGGUGUGGGCUGCGAUCGGCAAGGAGUGGGAGGGCAAGGGGGGCGAGUUCCUUGCUGACGUCGGCAGGACGGGGCCGGCGGACGUCAGUAUCCCAGAGCCCAUGACCAGGGGCGGGUAUGCGUCGUAUGCGUAUAACCCUGAGGCGGAGGCGAAGCUGUGGAAGGACUCGUUGAAGAUGGUUGGGCUGGAGGAUGAUCUGUAGGUGGUUAGUAUAAACGCUGAAUAGGUAGCAAGAUUGCGGUUGAUAUGAACAAUUUGAUGUUAUGAUUCCCAUCUGAAUCUCCGUUGACGUCGAGAGCAAGACAUUGUCGAGACACUGGGUCUAUUGCGGUGGUCGUAGCACACACAGCCAGCCCGUGCGGCCCAAAGAGGAACGGGUUGAGUGUUGAGUGUGGUCUGAGCGAGUGCAGUCAAGCAAUGCCUAUAUACUUGGCAUAUAUUGCAGAUCAAGUGCACAUUCGCUAAGACGGGAACGUCCACCUGCAGGGCACGCCAUUCCCCACGAGGCAAUGAGGCAUAUCUGGCAGCUGCUAGGUAUAGCUCGUCUGAGGCUGGGCCGGUCCGUCAGACGGCAUGGCCGAGGGGGAGAUGCUGGGCUUUCG